AUGUCCCCGGUUUGCCUCACCGCCUUCCUGAUCGCCGCCCUGCUGCCGUUCGCAGCCGCGGAGCAACUCCCGUCAGAGGAGGCCUCCGCUUCUGACCGCGUUGUCAACCCGACCUACGACGACUGUUCAGAAGUCUACGGCGUGCUGUACUGGAUCAGCACCUUGCAGGGAGGAUCCAUCCAAGAUGGCGUCUACGACAUUAAACCUGAGACCAGCACCUCGCCCUUCCCUGCCUACUGCGACAUGACCACAGCUGACGGCGGCUGGACCGUCAUACAGCGGCGCUUCAACGGUUCGCUGAACUUCGAUAGAUACUGGGCAGAUUACGAGGAUGGUUUUGGGGAUGUUGACGGGGAAUAUUGGCUUGGGUUAGAGAAGAUCCACAAGUUGGUAAGCCAGGCUCCUUAUGAGCUUUAUAUAGAAAUACAGGAUUGGGAAGAGAACUCGGCUUAUGCGAAGUACAGCACGUUUGGGGUGGGGGACGCUUCUGGUAACUACAGGCUGACUAUUGGGGGGUACAGUGGGGACGCUAGCGACUGUAUGGUGCAACAUCAUAGCCUGAAUGGUAUGCAAUUCAGCACCAGGGAUAGGGACAACGAUCGGUCAAGUGCUCGCCAUUGUGCGCAAUAUCAUUCCAGUGGAUGGUGGCAAAAUUAUUGCAGUUGGGGAGACCUCAAUGGGCCAUACUUCAAACCGGAACACUACAGAGGCGCUGAUACAGGGUUAGGGCUAUACUGGUCGUACUGGAAAGGAGAUCCAAAUUAUUAUUACUCCCUCAAAGCCACCAAGAUGAUGGUGAGGCCGACUGAUUUCACUGAAUAGGUACUUGAUAAGGAUCCCUACCAAAGGUUGCGUCUUUCCGCAAAAGGGACCCGGAAAACAAGACCACAUUUUCCCUGCUUGACUAUCGCUCAAGAAAAGCAUUAAGAUCUGUUAAUCGCUCCUGCAUAUGUAUCAUGCUAUGGGCGUAAAAAGGGUAGAUUGUAGUAUAAGAGUA